AUGCCCGUUCCACAACACGUCUUGAACUGGCUCUACAGCGUCUUGACGAGCGUCCGUACCACCACCCUCUUCGAACCUGUCCUCGCUCCUCUCCUAAUGAUGGCCCAGGAAUACCGUGAUGUAAAUCGGACCUACAACGACGUUGCCCGCGUCCUCGGCCGCUUCAGCAGCCUCACGCCCCGAACCGACGUCCACACGUUCCCCAACGGCACCAGCGCGCUGCUCGUCCACAUCUCCGGCACCAUACCCGUCAUCUUUCGAGGCAGCACCUACCGCUUCCCGCUGUCGAUAUGGGUGCCGCAUGCGUACCCCCGCGAGCCGCCCAUCCUCUACGUAACGCCGACAGAGACCAUGACGGUUCGCCCGGGACAGCACGUCGACCUCCAAGGUCAAAUCUACCACCCCUACCUCAAGUCCACCAUCGAAGACUUUCUCUCCGUCCUCUCCGACGUCUUUGCCAAGGAACCGCCCGUCAUCGCUCGACAAGCUGCCACUCGGCCGGCGCAAAUCGUCCAGCCGACGCCGACGCCACCUCCGCUACCGCCUCUGCCUCCCGAGAUGACCGCAUCACCCGAUCGCCAACCUCCCCACAGCCGGGGUGAGGUCCCGCCUCGACCGCCGCCGAAACCUCACGACGACCUUCCGUCCUCCUCUCCGACGUCACAUGCCCAGCAGGCAUCGCAGCCGUCUCGAUACGAAUCUGCUCCGCCGCUGCCCUCACAGGACCGUGCACUGGCUCCUGUCGGUCAACACCCGCCUCCUCUGCGGCCACAUCCGCAAGCACAGCCGCCUCCUCCCGAGCAGCGUGCAGGCCAGCAGCCGAUGCAUCCUCGGCCGCCCUCGCCAUCUGGCAACCAGCACCCACCAACCCAUUUUCCUCAAGGACAAUGGCAACCACAAGCGCCGGUCCCGCCGUGGAACGAGGGCGGCAACGGGCCAGCGGCGAGCCGGACGGAGGCUCGACCUGCCCCGCCGCCGCCAAACAUCCUCGAUGAGCCGCUGGCGCCCGAGGUAGCGUCCGACGCGGCUGCGGCGGCGCCACCCAUCCCUCCGAACCCGGAAAAGGACGCGCUUCUGAUGCAGCUCGGCCAGACGUUGGCGUCGAUGCGUCAGCGCACGCGCCAGCAGAACGAGUCGAGCAUGGCCGGCUUAAAGGCCCAACGGACGGCGAUGCAGGAGGCGAUGGCUGCUCUGCAGUCCGAAACGGGCCAGCUCUCGCAGCUGUCCAAGAUGCUGGCCUCGAACACGAGCAUCCUGCAUGAAGCCAUGCGAAAGGCGGACGACGUGAUUGAGAGCUCCAAGAACCACCCACUGCCCGACAUUGACGAGUUGCUGGUGGCGCCGACCGUCGUCUCGAACCAGCUGUACAAUCUGGUGGCGGAAGAAAGGGCGCUGGGGGACGCAAUCUUCAUGCUCGGACGAGCUGUCGAGCGCGGACGUAUCUCGGCCGCCGUCUUUGCCAAGAUGACGAGGACCCUCGCUCGGGAGUGGUAUCUCAAGAAGGCCCUCGUGAGAAAGAUUGGACAAGGGAUGGGUUUGGCAUGGUGA